CUCCUGAGCGCGUUCCGCGGCUCGUAUCCGACGCGCGCGAUGAUGCGCCCCUCCUCGCCCGCGUCCACGAUCAAGGCUCUCGUUCUCGCCCUCGUCGUGGUGCUCGCGUUGUCGUCCGCGCCUCUUCCAGUGGAGGCAGCGUCCGUGAGAGUGGUCCCCUUCAGUUUCGAAGUCGGCUUAUCUGGACUGAGCGUGAGGUCGUUCACGCCGUGGGUCCGUCGCGAUUUGUGCCUCGCGUACACGAACUUCCUCAAGAUCGAUAGGAAGGUGCGCGCGCCGCGAGCAUCGCCGCUCGCGCGUUGGAUCCGUCCCCAGCCGCGAACGCCGUCCGAGAGCGCGACGCCUUGCUCUUUGUUCCUUCCGACGACUUCAACCCACAGUUUUUCCGCUCACGUUUCCGCGCUCACGUGACUCCGUUCGUACGCCGCAGUGGUGCGUCGUCGAGUCAGUGCGUCGACGCGGCUCGUAUCGCAAUCAGGUGAACGUGAUCAUCGUCAUCAACUUCCCGACGUGGGUCACCGGCGGGGUGAGAUACCAAACGAGGCGGUUGUCUACCGCGCUUCGAACCAACCCGCGGCAGAUAUUGGUCGCGGGCCGCAGCGCCGGCAGUCGGAACUACUUCAACGCCGUACAGAACGUCAACGUGAACGUGAACACGAACGUGAACAAUCUUCCGCCUCCGACGCCGAUUCCUGAUCCGCCGCCGCCAGAUCCGUUACCUCCU